UUCGCCCUGCCUCUCCCUCCCCCUCUCUCAGGCCUUAUCUCCCUGCAGUUUGCCAAGGCUGGCUAGGAUCUGUAGGGUGAUCCGGGGAUGGGCAGCGGGUGCUGUAUCCCUUGGCUCCUGGGCAUGGCUCUGGAUUCUCUGUAGAUGCUGCUGCUCCAUCAUUACCAGGAUGAACGUUGCGCUUCAGAAUCUCAGCAACAGCAUGUCUGACUAUAAACGUGCAACAUUUCAUGAUGACGAAGUCCAGGAUCCUACUGGGGAGACUGCUUCAUCUCCUGAUACUGUAGAGAUUGGAUUUCGGAAAGGAAGAGGACAUAUGCUUGGCUCACUUGGUGGUAGAUCUCAGCCAGAAGUUUUUCUAGGAGUCCUUAGUGCUGUUCUAGGAUUGCUGCUCCUUGGAUGUCUUAUUGCUUUAGGAGUUCAGCAAGUCUCAGACAAGACUCGCUCCUUGUGUCUCUCAGAGGCCUGUGUUUCUGUAGCUGGCCGUAUACUCGAUUCCCUGGACAGAGACAUAGAACCAUGUCAGGAUUUCUACCAGUAUGCUUGUGGAGGGUGGAUGAAGAGGAACCCUCUACCUGAUGGCCGGUCAAGAUGGAACACCUUCAACAGCAUCUGGGAUCAAAACCAAGCGGUGUUAAAACAUAUACUUGAGAAUGUUACAUUUAACUCUAGCAGUGAGGCAGAGAUGAAGACACAGCGGUUUUACCUGUCUUGCCUCAAAGAACUGAAAAUUGAGGAGAUGAAAGAAAAACCCCUCACUGACCUGAUAAAGAAGGUUGGUGGAUGGAAUAUCUCAGGUACCUGGAGAGGGGAUAACUUUAUGGCUGUGCUAAAGACUGUCUCAGGGACGUACCGGGCGACACCAUUCUUCAGUGUCUUUGUAAGCGCGGACUCCAAGAGCUCAAAUAGCAACAUUAUCCAGGUGGACCAGUCUGGACUCUUCCUUCCAUCAAGAGAUUAUUAUUUGAAUAAGACAACUAAUGGAAAGGUGUUAGCUGCAUACCAGCAAUAUAUGGUGGACAUGGGCUUACUGCUUGGGGGUGCCAUAGGUUCUGUUGAAGUCCAGAUGGCGCAGAUUGUGGAACUUGAGACCCAGCUGGCUAAUCUCACAGUUCCUCAAGAUGAGCGUCGGGAUGAGGAAAAAAUCUACAACCGCAUGAAUGUGGCCGAGCUACAGAAUCUUGCACCUGUAUUUGAUUGGUUGGAUUAUUUAAAUUUUGCACUGUCACCCUUGGAGAUCAAUGACACAGAGCCUGUGGUAGUAUAUGGCAAGGAAUAUCUACAACAAGUGUCAGACCUUGUCAACAGCACAGACCCAGUGAUCUUAAACAAUUACUUAAUUUGGAAUCUGGUCCAAAAGAUGUCACCCAGUCUGGAUUCCCGUUUUGAGAAAGCUCAGGAUAAGCUGCUUGAGUCACUGUAUGGUGCCAAAAAGUCCUGUACCCCUCGCUGGCAGACCUGUUUAUCCAAUACAGAUGAUACUCUUGGAUUUGCUCUGGGAUCUCUGUUUGUUAAAUCGACAUUUGAUAAGAACAGUAAAACAAUUGCAGAGCAGAUGAUUGCUGAAAUCCGAACAGCCUUUGAAUUCACUUUAGCAAGUUUAUCAUGGAUGGAUGAGAAGACAAAGAAAACAGCUAAGGAGAAGGCAGAUGCCAUAUAUGACAUGAUUGGAUUUCCUGACUUCAUUCUGGACACAAAAGAAUUGGAUGAGGUGUAUGAUGGGUUUGAGGUGGCUGAUGACUCGUUCUUUCAGAACAUGUUGAAUUUCUAUAACUUUUCAGCCAAACUAAUGGCUGAACAAUUAAGGAAGCCACCAAACCGAGAACAAUGGAGUAUGACACCCCAGACUGUCAAUGCCUAUUACCUGCCAAAUAAGAACGAAAUAGUCUUUCCAGCAGGCAUACUUCAGGCUCCAUUCUAUGCUCCCACACAUCCAAAGGCUCUAAAUUUCGGGGGUAUUGGGGUGGUGAUGGGACACGAACUGACGCAUGCAUUUGAUGAUCAAGGCCGAGAAUAUGAUGAGGAUGGAAAUUUGCGUCCUUGGUGGCAAAAUUCUUCUUUGGAAGCAUUUAAAAAUCGUACUGAGUGUAUGAUCAGUCAGUACAAUGCUUACACUGUAAAUGGAGAGAAAGUCAAUGGAAAACAAACACUGGGGGAAAACAUAGCAGAUAAUGGAGGACUGAAAGCAGCAUACCAUGCUUACAAAUCUUGGCUACAAAAACAUGGUGAGGAGAAAAGAUUGCCUGGAGUUAGGCUGUCCAACCACCAACUCUUUUUUGUAGGAUUCGCACAGGUAUGGUGCUCUGUACGGACUCCGGAGAGUAGCCAUGAAGGAUUAGUCACGGAUCCCCAUAGUCCUGCAAAGUUCAGAGUGAUUGGAACCUUGUCAAACUCAAAAGACUUUGCCGAACAUUUUAACUGUCCCAAAGGGACCCCAAUGAACCCAGGGAAAUACUGUGAUGUGUGGUGAAAAUCUAGAUGCACAUAUUAGUAUGGCUGCUUGUUCUGCAUAUACAUGAGGUUAACUUUAAAUGGUAAUUCUACCAAAAUGGAUAAUUCAUUUAUGGGAAGUGUUGGUAGGUUGAAUCAUCCCCUGUCUUGUAUCUCUUAGGAACUCCAGUGGUUUGAUCUCUAAAGUUUCAAGGUCUGCCUUUACUAAGUGAAGGUCUCUUGGGUUCUUAGUUCUGUCAGCUUGUAAAGACGCAAUCUAUUAUGUUACCAGCUCUAAUCUACAUAUUGAUUCUUGCUUAUGCUGCAUUUCAUAGUAUAAAGUCCCUUAUGUAAAAAUGCAGCAAAGAAUGUGAGAUCAUUUGGAAUAGCUGUGGCAAUUAAGAAACAAAGUUAUCACCACCAGAAUCCUCAAAAUAUAUAAGAAGAGGGUUAUUCAACCUGUUAUGCCCUGUACACACGAUCGGACCUUUGUUCGACCAAAUUGACAUCGGAAUUCUGAUAGAAUUCCAUCGGAGGAAAAGAGAACAUGUUCUCUAUGUAAUCUCUGAUUAAAUUCAUCGGAAUUUCCGAUGGACAUACAUACGGUCGGAAUUUCCAAUGGAAAAAGUGUGUACGAGGCCUUACACAUAAAUUUGGAUAAACAAAACAAUUCAAGUAGAACCCUAGCAAAAGUUUUCCUUUUUUCUUUGAUUUAAGGUAGUGUGGGAAAGGGUUAGACCCUUGUCAGGUUUCAUUGCUGUCUGUUCACCUUUUAGUAGAUUUCCCUCACUUCCUGUUCUGGUGACAUAUUAGAAAGAAAAACAUUUUCCCCACCAGAGACAUACAUGGCAACAACAAUGUCAGAGAGGUUAUACACUUUACCCACUCACCCAAUAAAGGUGCACUUAUUUUUGUCAUGUCUCCCAUUGGAUAGAUUCAAUAACAAAACAGGAAGUCAGGGGAGAAUUCCUCAAUGGUGACUAAUACAAUUUUAAAACCAUUUCCUAUUCUAUCCAAAUGAAUUUAAGAAAUAACUGGAGUUCUACAUUAGGGGAGUCAUGUAGUGAGUCAUGUAGUGAGCAUGUAUUGAGGUUUACGUUGAUUACCUCUCCUUUAGAAAAUGUAUGAUAGUUCCUUGACUGCCAUGGUAAAUUCAUAGCUUCAGAACUUUCUGAGGUGCUGACCAUUACGCAUGCAGAUUGCUUUUAUCUUCACUAAGACUUUUUAAUCUGCAUGGUUGUUCCAGGUUUGUGACUCAGAAAGUACAGAUGUCAGAGAAUCAAUAUGAAACCAGCAUUUUCACAAGGAGGUCAGCAAUGGCAACCUCUGUGGUUCCCCCCCCCCCC